AUCAAAAUGGCGGCCUACAUCCGAACAUGUUUCCAAUUUCGGCAAAAAGUACCGGUUUUUGCUAGUUCUCUUCACAAGCAUGAGUACUUAGCAGCCUCAUACAUCGGGAGUGCAUGUCAGUCUUUCAGGUGUUGUUAUUGUCACACUUCUACUAUACGAAAUAAAGCAAGGAAACCAAAUGAUCUUGAAAGGACAUUGCAUCACAAAAAAAGAUUGUUUCAUAACAGAUUAACAAACUUAUUUUCAUUACCUCUUGGUCGGUCAUAUCUUUCGAGUAUAACAAGAACACGUGAGAACAAUGGUUAUUUGUCUACUGCAGGAUGUAGUUUUUCAAACUUUGACCAGGUUGCUCAUUACUGUAGUAGUAGCGCCUCUGGUGUUCAGGGGUCUGAAGAUGGUGGUGAUGAUGACCCAGAUAAAGGAGAUCCAGAGCCAGAGAUAUUACCAUCCUCCUUGGAUUAUCCUGUAGGUGCACUUGCCACAUUGUCUGUGCCAGAGGAAUUUCCUAAUGUCCCAGUCAUUGCCACCAACCGGUUUCCAAUCUUCCCACGUUUCCAGAAAAUUAUAGAGAUUGAGGACAAAAGGUUAAUUGAUCUAAUAAUGCGAAAAGUAAAACUGAAUUUGCCAUAUGCUGGAGUCUUUUUGAAAAAAGAUGAAAAUAAUAAGAGUGAUGUUGUUGAAAACCUGUCAGAAAUAUACAAUGUUGGAACUUUUGUCCAAAUUAGAGAAAUGCAGCUGAUAGAAAACAAAGUGAGAAUGACCAUACAGGGACAUAGAAGAAUCUCCAUCUUGAAACAGUUACAAGAAUCUGAUGUAGAUGAUAAUAAAGACGAAAAUAAAACAAAGAAGAAGCAGAGCAGAAUGACAAGGAACAAAAGAAGGAAUGGACUUUUAAAGGAGAAAGAGGUUGACACAGAAGAGGUUAUUACAGCUAAGGAAGAAAUGUUGAAGGGACAGAUUUCAGAUGGUGUACUGAUGGUUGAAACUGAGAACGUGAAGCAUGAACCUUUUACAACAACUGAUGAAAUAAAGGCUUUAACAGCUGGUGUAGUACAGACAAUUAGGGACAUUAACGUAAUGAACCCAUACUUCAGUGCAAGUCUUGCUAUACAAGUUGGUGAACGAGUCAUUGACAACCCUGUUUUCUUAAGUGAUAUGGGAGCUGCAAUGACAUCUGCUGAGCCAACGGAGUUACAGAAAGUUCUUGAGGAAAGAAAUGUACCCCAAAGACUUAUGAUGGCCCUUUCUUUGUUAAAGAAAGAGUAUGAAUUGAGUAAACUACAACAAAAGAUUGGACGAGAGGUUGAAGAGAAGGUUAAAAAGCAGCAUAGAGAGUAUAUUUUACGAGAACAGUUGAAAGUGAUCAAGAAGGAACUGGGUCUUGAGAAGGAUGAUAAAGAUGCUAUAGGAGAGAAAUUCCUAGGAAGGCUUAAGGAUCUGGUUGUCCCAGAACAUGUGAUGACAGUUAUUAAUGAAGAACUCAACAAGUUGUCCACUCUUGAUAACCAUUCUUCAGAGUUUAAUGUUACCAGGAAUUACCUAGACUGGUUAACCAAUCUUCCCUGGGGAAAAUAUAGUGAGGAAAAUUUGGAUCUGAAACAGGCUAAAGAUAUACUGGAGGAAGAUCAUUAUGGCAUGGAAGACGUGAAAAAGAGAAUAUUGGAAUUUAUUGCUGUAAGUCAACUGAAGGGGAGUACACAAGGCAAGAUUCUGUGUUUCCAUGGUCCACCGGGAGUGGGAAAAACCAGUAUUGCUAGAUCUAUAGCCAGAGCUCUGAAUAGAGAAGUAUUGAUUUUCGAUCCAUGUUGGGAAAUGACAGAUGUUGCAGAGAUCAAAGGUCAUCGUCGUACAAUUGUUGGUGCUAUGCCAGGAAAAAUGAUCCAGUGUUUGAAGAAAACAAAAACUGAGAAUCCACUGGUGCUUAUUGAUGAGGUUGACAAAAUUGGCAAGGGUUACCAAGGUGAUCCAGCUUCAGCCUUGUUAGAAUUACUGGAUCCUGAACAGAAUGCCAACUUCCUCGAUCACUAUCUGGAUGUGAAUGUUGAUCUGUCAAAGGUACUGUUCAUCUGUACGGCCAAUAUUAUAGAUACAAUACCAGAACCAUUGAAAGAUAGGAUGGAACUUAUAGAUGUGUCGGGGUAUGUUGCAGAGGAGAAAUUGGCUAUAGCUGAGAGAUAUCUUAUACCACAAGCCCAAGAGCAUACAGGUAUCAAGUCAGACCAGGUGACAAUAUCCCAGCAUGCCAUGCAAGAGCUCAUCAAAUGUUAUUGUCGGGAAAGUGGUGUGAGGAAUCUUCAAAAACAUGUUGAAAAGAUAUAUAGGAAAGCUGCACUUAAGAUAGUAUCUGAAGAUAUAUCCAGCAUUGUUGUUGAUCUUGAUAAUUUACAAGACUUUGUUGGGAAACCACUUUUCACAAGAGAGAGAAUGUAUGCCGUUACGCCACCUGGUGUUGUGCCCGGGCUAGCAUGGACAUCCAUGGGUGGAUCAACACUCUACAUAGAAACUGUAAUGAAGAAGGCAGUUGACCUUGAGAACAAAGAAUCGGGUGACCUUGAGGUCACAGGUAACCUUGGAAAUGUGAUGAAGGAGAGCAUACAACUGGCAUACACAUAUGCUAAAUCUUAUCUUAACAAACUGGAUCCUGAAAACAAGCUUUUAGAGAAGGCACAUGUACAUCUCCAUGUACCAGAGGGAGCAACACCAAAAGAUGGGCCAAGUGCUGGGUGUACUAUAGUAACAGCUUUAUUGUCACUGGGCCUCAACAAGCCCUGUCGACAAGAUCUUGCUAUGACAGGUGAAAUAUCCCUGACUGGCAAGGUAUUACCUAUAGGUGGAGUGAAAGAAAAAGUUAUAGCUGCAAAGAGAGCUGGAAUGAAGUGUGUUAUUCUGCCAGAAGAGAAUCGUAAAGACUUUUCUGAUUUACCAGAAUUUAUUGCACAAGGAAUCGAAGUUCACUAUGCUGACACAUAUGCAGAUGUAUUUAGUGUUGUCUUUCCUGAUAUUUCCCCACCCAGCUGAUGUUUGUCAAAGGAACAAGUUUGAAUGAGCUGUAUUUAUUUGCUGGAUAAUAUAUAUUUUCAACUGUGUUUGCUGAUUAGUUAGCUUAAUGAUUAACAGACAGAAAAUAUAAAAUGAACAGUGCCUCUGGUGUUCAUGGCAAUGACAAAAUGAUGGUAUUUUGUUUAUAAUUGUAACUUGUGUAGCUUUUGAUUUAAGAUGUUAAACAACUGUUUCCUUGAUAUGCUAUGUGCAAUGAUUUAUUAUUUUAUAAGAAUUUAUUAUUAGUGUAAUAGAAAAUUGUUAGAGAGGGAGGAUUUUGGAAACAACACAAUGUAUUAUGACUGGGAUAAUCAUGUCAAGAUGAAAAUAUACACUCAAACCUGUAUCUAAAGCCGGUUAAAGAGCUUAAAAGUCCUUGGCUGCUGGUAAUACUUACAUAUUGGGUCAUAAUAUCCUUGACUACCCAACAGGAAAAUACACAAUUGUCAGAUCACAUGCUAAGUAUAUCCUUGUCUUUACCAUGAAGAAAAAGCUUGAUUGAAAUAGUUUGCUUUUUAGUGACAUCACAUUAAAACUAGUAAUAUAGUGACAUUGUACACUGUAUACAUUUUGCCAGGAAGUACUAACAUCAUGAUCUACUUUUGAAUAUGAAAUACAAGUAGAAUGAUCUAACAUGUCUGCCAGUGAAUAACAACUGUUUUGCCACCCUUGGUACAGCAUGAAUAAUAUACUGCUCCGUUUUUCAUUCCCUGCUGUCCUUCAUGCAUGUUUAGGACCUGUACAUCAUAGAUUUAUGAAUGGUUUUGUUCCUUUAGUUGAUCUGUAGUAUUUUAUGACACAUAGUCAACACUAGAACCAACUGUAUGGAUCUAUGUGCACAGUCUAAGAAAUUAACAAAAUAAUAGCAGCUUUGCAGUUUCCGUUACACAUGUUGGAUGAGGAUAAUUCAAGUAGUAUAUUUUUUGUUUAUUUAUACAUGUCAUAUUAAAACAUUAAAACAUGAA